CUGGGGAAAUGCCAAGCCAUCCCUUGCCAGCUGGCUCCACCUGAGUUGUCCGUGUGCAGUGAGGUGUAAGCACUGACCUGCCUGGCAUUGGCGUUGGCAUUUGUCUGUCUUUCAGGCGGUACUUGUACCUGGAUGAGCAGCACGACAAACAUCGAAUUCAGCCUCUGUCCCCCAAAGCAAACGUUUGUCGUCAUCCUCGAGGAUCACUCAAGAUUCAAUAUCUGCUGAACCGACCACUGCUCGGCCAUGCGGCGCGUAGCGUAGGCAGCAACCCCUCCUCCGCGAAAUCGAAUUCCCCAUCGAUGCCCUGAAAGUCGCUUGCCAGCCAAAACCUGCUCCGCCCAAGUCCACCCUCUCCCUCCCACCCCCCCCGCGAGCCAGUCGCUCCCCGUUUCCGUUCGUCGUCUCCCGUGUCCAGCUGUUUCCCUUCCCUCUCACCGCCCCGGACUGUCGACCGCCCCCUUUUUCUCGGUCCCGACCGCCCCGAACCCGUGUUCCCCGAUACCUCGCAGCUUCACCAAACACACGCUGCUGCCCAUCGGAGGAAUUUCACGGUCAUGGCUUCGUACGGCCAGGCGGCGGUGCCGGCAGCGGCGCGGCCCGCAGUACCUUACGGGGCACCCGUACCAGGGAGCGUCCCCAGCGCACCACCAGCGGGCACCUUCUCCCCCGGCACCAAGAUCCAGGUCGGCAACCACCGCGUGGUGAUUCAGAAAUACCUCUCCGAGGGCGGCUUCGCACAUGUAUAUCUGGUCAAGCUGGCCGCCCCCGUCAACGGGACCGACCUGGCCGUGCUCAAGCGGGUCGCCGUCCCGGACAAGGAAUCGCUGCGGGGGAUGCGCACCGAGGUCGAGACCAUGAAGCGCCUGAAGGGCCACAAGGCCAUUGUCACGUAUAUCGACUCUCACGCAUCGGAGCUGCGCGGCGGCGGGUACGAGGUGUUUUUGCUCAUGGAGUACUGCAACGGCGGCGGGCUUAUCGACUUUAUGAACACGCGCCUGCAGCACCGGCUGACGGAACCCGAGAUUCUCAACAUUUUUGCCGACGUUGCUGAGGGCGUGGCCUGCAUGCAUUACCUCCGACCGCCGCUUUUGCACCGCGACUUGAAGGUCGAGAAUGUGCUAAUCACCAUGGUUGGGUCUGUCCGGAAGUUCAAGCUCUGCGAUUUCGGUUCGGCGGCGGCACCGCGCGCGGCUCCCCAGACGGUGGUCGAGUGCAGGUUGAUGGAUGAGGAUGUUCAGAAACACACCACGAUGCAGUACAGGAGUCCGGAAAUGGUCGAUGUCUACAGGAAACAGCCGAUUGACGAGAAGUCGGACAUUUGGGCGCUCGGCGUGCUGCUGUACAAGCUUUGCUAUUAUACCACGCCUUUUGAGGAGCAGGGACAGCUUGCUAUUCUGAAUGCCAGUUUCAGAUAUCCUAGUUAUCCUGCCUUUUCAGAUAGGCUCAAGGGACUUAUUGGCUGGAUGCUGCGUGAAAGUCAGCAGGCCAGGCCGAAUAUUUAUCAGGUACUCCGUGAGGCCUGCAAAAUGCAGGGCCGGGAGCCACCAGUCAAAGAUAUUUACUCGGGGAAGUCGCAGGGAGACCCUCAUCAGCAUAAACAGAGUUCAUCAUUACAGCAAAAGAUCACGUCGCCGCCUCUUGUUGGCGCCGUGUUUUCUCCGAAAGCCACUCAGGAACAGCAGGUCAUUCCCGAGAUUGAGCGCAUGAGGCGAGGCCGAGUGCCGGCUGCCCAGCCCAGUGCUCCGACAACAGCAACAGUCACGUCGCCCAAGGUGACGAAUGGAGACCCCUUUGCCGCGCUUGAUGCGAGGCCAGUAAUCAAGGGCGGGGAUGAACUGUCAUCAAAAUUCCCGUCUCUUGAUCAGUUUUCGCUUCUACAUGACCAUGGGUCCAAAUUCGACUUUGACCAGGGGUCGCCGCAAUUACCCAAAGAUCUGUCAACAAGGGUGGCGGAGAAGUUGGCAGAUGAGGCUUUCCAGAUCAAGCCCUCGCCUUCGCCAAUUCCAACGCAACCAAGCCAACGGCAGUCCAUUGACGGAAGCAGAGCCAACCCCUAUCCAGCGGCGGCAGACCCAUCACGGGUGUCUCCUCCGCUCAAGUCUGCCUCUGCGCCACCAAAACAACCUGGGGCCAGCCGGGCGUCGACCAUCAUUUCCAACACCCCCGAGCUGCAGGCAAUUUCUUCACCCCCGCAGCCGCUUUACCAGCCAACUCCUAAACCAACCAUGGUGUCGACUGGCACCAUGACAUCGCCACCGCCGGCGGAAGGACCCUCGCCGUACCUAGUGUAUCGAUUCCCACCUGCUGAUAGUCACCGCGCAGCCAGUGUACCCAGAGCUCCAGAGACAGGUCUCGGUCUUGCUCCCUCGGCGCUCGGAGAUCCAGCAGCUCGGUCAGUUUCCCGGACGCCAUCAUAUCAAGGCACAUCACAGGCCGGCCACGUUCGCCAUCCUUCUUCCUCGAGGCCGUCACUAGAAGGCGGACGACCAAGCCUGGAGAACCUUGCAUCACGCCCAAGACCAAUCAGCACUCACCUCGAAUCCAACCUGGACUUUCUCCGCGAAAAGGAACAAGCCCCCUCUCCAAGAUUUUCCCUCGACAGGAGCCGCCCGUCGACCCCCAAACUGGAAGAAGACAAAAACAUUGCCUCCAACGUUGACUUUCUCCGCUCUCUCGAAGACCCGGAACCGGCGAAGAAGGACAAGUCCCAUAAGCACACGAAGCGGGGGAGUCUGUCUUCCAUCGGUGCCGGAGCGAAGAAUAUCCUCGCAGGCAAGUUUGGCGAUGCGUUUAAGCGAUUUGAAGGCGGUAAUUCCUCCUCUGGUCCUAUCGUCCGGACGCCGUCUCCGCUCAAAGACCUCGACCGUCAUGAUGUUUUGACUCCCAUUACGGGAUCGGUAGCCACGGGCGGGCAUAGCGAUGAUGAUCAUGACCAGGAUGAGAUGACGCCUGAGAUGAGGCGCGAGCAAGAAGCGCAGAUGCUGGCGCAGGAGGAGGCCAGGGUUGCUGCCGCGCAGGCGGAGUAUAGACAGCGAGUUGCGCAACGGGGCAGUGGUUCAGGGGGGGGUGGUGGUCCAGUCCCGCCUCCUAAACCAGCUGGGGGAGGGGGAGGGGGCGGAGCGUCAAGGGCGCAGGCGAUACAGAGCAAGGUGCAGAGUUUGCUGGAUGAGAGCAAUCGGGGUGCUGUUGUUAGGACUGCGCAGGGGUAUGGACAGCAUACUGAUCGGCCAUCGACAUCAUCAUCGGGGGGGGUUGGGGAGGAGAAACCGCCGUAUGUGCCGAGGAAACCGGGCAGUAUCAUUGGGGAUAAAGGAGGGAGGCCGGGGACGAGCUCGGGUGGGAAGGCGUUGCCUGCGCCGCCGCCGAAGCCGGUGCAUUUGGGACAGCAACAGGCGGGCGGAGGGAUGAUAAACAGGCCGGCUUCGCCUGUUAAGAGAGAGGCGUUGUUGGCGGUGGAUUUACCGGGGAAUGGGGGGGCUGCGUUGCUGAAGAUGACGGCGGGGGAGAAGGAGGAUUAUAUUAGGGAUUUUCAGAAGAGGUUUCCGGAUUUGCAGAUGGUGGAGAGGGAUUUGGGGAGGGAGGGUGGGAGGUAG